CUGAGCUGCACUUGUGAGAACAGAAUAAUGUAGGUUUACAACACCAUCUCACAUCCUACUACCAUCCUGCUGUGUGUCAGUGGGUGUGGCUCAUGCUGGCCUCUUUGCUCUUUACCCAAGUCUGAUGAAUGCUUUCUCAGUACAUCAACUGUAUCUCCUGAAAUAGAGUUGCUCAAAAAGACUGAAUGCAAACUCAGCAAUGGCAUCGCUGUGAUGGUGUUAACUGAGACUAAACAGGGAAACUCAUCCCCAUCCAGUGUUUCUGAAUCAUCGGAAAUGGCCAGUAUCUCCAUCUUGUCCACGUCAUCACAGCUAAAGUAUGUUUCUCUGGGGGUCCUGGUACUGCAGACCACCUCCUUGGUGCUGACAAUGCGUUAUUCGCGUACGCUGCAGUCUGAAGGUCCACGCUAUCUGGCGUCAUCUGCUGUAGUGUGUGCUGAAGUUCUGAAGAUUGUUGCCUGCAUGCUGCUUGUCUUCAGAGACCACAGUUUCAGUGUUCGUGCACUGAAUCAGGUGUUGAAGGAGGAAAUAAUAAACAAGCCCCUGCUAACACUGAAGCUGGCCAUUCCCUCAGGUAUCUACACCCUGCAGAACAACCUGCUCUAUGUGGCUCUGUCAAAUCUAGAUGCAGCUACCUACCAGGUUACUUAUCAGCUGAAAAUUCUCACUACAGCGCUGUUCUCCGUGUUUAUGUUGGGCAAAAGUCUCGCCUUUUACCAGUGGCUCUCACUAGUCAUUCUGAUGACUGGAAUUGCACUUGUCCAGUGGCCAGCUGAACCUACAUCAGUCACUAAGCAGGAGGACCUGACCGCCGGCUCUCAGUUGAUGGGUCUGCUGGCUGUGCUUGUGGCCUGCUUCUCCAGCGGAUUUGCUGGCGUGUAUUUUGAAAAGAUCCUCAAAGAGAGCAAGCAGAAUGUCUGGGUCCGUAAUAUUCAGCUAGGUUUAUUUGGAUUGAUUUUUGGACUUGGGGGAGUGUUUGUGUGUGAUGGAGAAAGAGUGCAUGAGAAUGGACUCUUUCAAGGGUACAACGUUCUGACGUGGACUGUGGUGGCUCUUCAGGCUUUGGGUGGGUUAGUCAUUGCAGCUGUCAUCACAUAUGCAGAUAACAUCCUGAAAGGCUUUGCAACAUCCAUCUCCAUCAUUCUAUCUACCUUCAUCUCCUAUUUCUUGUUGGAUGAUUUUGACCCUACUAGUGUGUUUUUCCUUGGUGCCAUGCUGGUUAUUGCUGCUACAUUUCUCUACGGGUAUGAGAGCACAUCUGCGGUCAACCCUAGUAAAGUAUAGAAGACUGGACACGAGAUGAUAAACAACCCAAAUCAUC